AUGUCUCGCUGUGGUACGUGCAACGUAGUGUUGGCGAAGGAGGAGGCACUGCGUGCGCACUACGAAUCGGAGUUUCACCUCACAAACGUACGCCGCCGCGUCGACGGCCUGCGCCCACUCUCGCAGCAGGAGCACCGCCUCACCAGCAAGGAAGUGGAGGGCACCGUCUUGGACGAGAACUGCACGCCGGUCUACUCGUGCACCCUGUGCAACAAGACGUUUCGCUCUGUCCAAACACUGCAGACGCACGUCCGCUCAACAGCGCAUCUCAUGCGAAAGGAGCAGCGCAUCAUAACACGUGACUCGGAGGCGGCGAGUAUGUUGACAUCGACGUCGCUCGGCAGCGCGGCGAUGGGGCUGCAUCGUCGCCACAACGCCAAAAAAAGUGCUGCUGCGCGUGGUGAUACAAAGAAGGCGGGUCCAAAGGUAGUCGUCGAGGAACGGGAGGAGGACACGAGCGAGGUGCGCUGCAUGUUCUGCGGCUUUCUCUCCUCGACUGUGGAGUCAAACGUGCACCAUUUAGAGUGCGUGCACAACUUCACUAUUCCGCUGGAGGCCCACUGCGUGGACCGGGCAGCGCUGCUGGCGUACUUAGCACGUAAGACCAACGGUCUUAUGUGCAUCGUCUGCAACGAGCACACCCGCUCCUUCAAAUCUCUGGAGGCGCUGCGCGACCACAUGCGCGAGACGAACCACGAGCGUCUCAUCCUCAGCCCUGAAUACCAAGAGUUCUACGACGUGGCGCUCGACGACCCGGAGUCGGUGAAGCCGGUGCCACUCGAAGGUGUCCGCGGAGACGAACUUGUCCUGACACACGACAAGGCGACUGGAAAGAAGCGCAUUCUGAUGAAGCGGGAAGGUGAUGUUCCACGCACCCGGCCACGUGAGACGGAGGAGCAGAAUGAAAAGCGCAUGUCUAUUCUGGCCGCGGAGAAGGAGACGCGUGCGCUGGCGACGCGGGAGCUGAAGGAGCUCAUUGUAACGCAGAACAAGGAGGCGGCGUGGGUGGCGAAGCGCAGCGGUGGUGAGCGUCAUGAUCUCCAGCUCGACGUUGGCAUGCGUACGAACAAGCUCCAUCCGAAAGGGUACGAUGGCAACAUGAUGUUCAGUUAA